ACUAACCUCUUAUAUUUAAACCACUCGUAUUCAGUGUAGAGAAAUACUGUUUAUAGCUUAUAACCUCCACGAGCUGUGUAAAUUGUUGAAAAUGCCGAAAAUCCGCGUUGAUAAGAAGUCUCGCGUCCACCAGGAAAUUUCCAAACAAGGCAUUGUAUUUAACAAGGACUUUGGUCAGCACAUUUUAAAAAAUCCAUUAGUCAUACAAGGGAUGUUGGAGAAAUCGGCUCUGCGACCGACCGAUGUGGUCCUAGAAAUAGGUCCAGGUACCGGAAACAUGACUGUCAAGAUGUUAGAAAAAGUUAAAAAAGUUAUCGCAUGCGAAGUAGAUCCCAGGAUGGUCGCUGAAUUACAGAAACGUGUCCAAGGUACACCAUUUCAAGCCAAGCUUAGCAUUAUGGUCGGGGAUGCCCUUAAGACGGAUCUGCCAUUCUUCGACAUAUGCGUUGCAAAUGUGCCUUAUCAAAUAUCCUCACCAUUAGUCUUCAAAUUGCUUUUGCACCGACCUUUCUUCAGAUGCGCAGUUCUCAUGUUUCAACGAGAAUUUGCGCAAAGGCUAGUGGCAAAGCCGGGGGAUAAAUUGUACUGCAGACUGAGUAUCAAUACGCAGCUAUUAGCAAGGGUCGAUAUGCUGAUGAAAGUUGGUAAAAAUAACUUUAGGCCCCCACCGAAAGUUGAAUCUAGUGUAGUUAGAAUUGAACCAAGGAAUCCACCGCCUCCAAUAAAUUACAAAGAAUGGGAUGGUCUGACUAGAAUAGCAUUUGUUAGGAAAAAUAAGACAUUGGCUGCUGCAUUCAAACAGACCGCAGUUACGACCCUCUUGGAAAAAAAUUACAGGCUGCACUGCAGUUUGAAAAACACUAGCAUACCGGAUAAUUUUGAUUUGAAAAGCAAGAUCAAUGAUAUUUUGACUGAAGCAGGGGCCACAGAGAAACGACCAAGGUCGAUGGACAUCGAUGAUUUCAUGAGCCUUCUGCAUGCAUUCAACACAGAAGGAAUUCAUUUUUCCUAAACGAAUCUGUGCAGAUUAAUGCAAGUAAGGCGGUUGUAUUGUGUGUAAUCUUAAAAAAAAAUGUAUGUACAAUAUGAAAGUAAAUUUAAAAAUAAA